AUGAAGUUAAUUACAAAAGUUCCAAGAUUAUCAAGUGCAAUUGCACUAGCUCUUAUGUCUUUCGCAGUGUUAUCAUCUGCUUUAGUGAUUCCAGAAACCAACAAUACAAUGACUAUCUCAUCAUUGAACGAUGCUACUAAUAUUGAUUACUCAAGUUACAUUGUUAACGAUGCGGAAUACUCAUUACUUGAUGCUUCGGAUUAUCUUAACAUCGACGUCAAUGUCACUUUGAGAAACAUGUUAGGUGAUGAAGCUGAUGAUAUUUAUAGCGAUGAGGAGUCAUAUGAUGACUCUAUCAAUGCAGCAGCUGAACCUUAUAAGCAUUAUAGAAGAGCUAAAAGAGUUCAUAGUAUUUUCCAAAAGAAGAAACCAAAAAAUUACAACAAGUCACCAAUCAUCGAUGCCAUUGCAAAAGAUAGUGGAUUACCAAAGAAGAAAAUCAUCCAAAGAAUUGAUAAAAAUUUGAAAGUGUACAGUGGUGAAGUUCCAGCAGUUAAAUGUAAAGAUACCAAAAGAGGUUAUGGUGGUCUUUGUGUCAAUACUCAAAAUCGCGCAGUUUAUAGAAAUGAGGAUAGAGCAAGCCAUCAUUGGAUGAGAAGUUAUUUCUUCCCAGCUCAAGUUUACACUGGUUAUGUGAUCUCUCACUGGUGGAGAUGGAUUAAUUGUACUAUCCCUUUAAAUGGGGUUAUUCUAGAUAUGGUUUAUUGUCAGCUUUGGAAAUGGGAAAAUGAGGUUAUUGAUGUGUUAUUUGGUGUUUUCGCUUCAAUUGGUUAUCAAGAAGUCACAGGAAAGCCAUUUGCUCCAGUUGCAACUACUCUUUUAAGUGUUUAUGGGAGAAUUGGAUACAAGAUGACAGGUUACAAAGCUGUCUCAUGGACUGGUGAAGUUGUUGACUUGAAUAAAACACCAGCAAAGUAUGACUUACAAUAUAUUUAUGCUGGUUAUGGUGAUCCAGAAUGGGACUCAAGAAAUGUUUCAAUGGCUAUUUAUCCAGGAAAUAAAGCUUCAGAGCUUGGCCUUAGUGUUGUUUCAAAACCAUGGGAUCCAGCUCCUCAAAGAGGGAUUGGUGUUCCAAAUCCUGUUGAUGAUUUAUUCAAAAAACAUUGGAAAUAUAGUUUAAAACUUGAUACAGAUCAAAUCAGAUUCAAUCUUGAUCAAAGAAGUCCAGAGGAAACACUCCAUAAAGUCAGAACUUUUGUUCAAUCACAGGUCAGAAAUUAUAUGGCAUUGGGUGGUGGUAUGUUGACUAAUAACCAUAUUAUGUUUAUUAAUCCUGACGAUGUCUUUGGUGAUAAUGUUACAGAACCUGAAGAAGAUUUUUCUAAAUACGACGAUGAUUUGUCGUUGAUCAAUAAGAUUGGACCAAAUCCUACAGAUGAAGAGCUUUUGAAUUUGAACUUCAAUGGUGUGAUUCUUAGAGUUACACUUGAAGAUCAUGCUGAGCACACAAUCAAUUGGUGA